AUGCCCGGCUGGCGCUUUGCUUUCGCCCUCUCUCGGAAGGCCGUCAAAAGUGCCACCCCCCCAGGCACUGUCGUCCUCAUCGGCAACCACAACACCAACAACAACGGAAACGGUAACACCAGCAACGGUAACAACAGCCACUUCGAAGAGCAAGUCGUCAAAGUCCCAACGCCAACACCCGACCCAGCCGACCCGCUGAACUGGCCGACCUGGCGCAAGGCAGCAUGCAUGAUCAGCGUGGCGUGGUAUGCGUUUGUGUGCAACUACAUCUCGGCGUCGAUUGCGCCGGCGCUGCCGUUGUGGAACCAUGCGUUCCCUGGGGAUCGGAGGAGGGAGGAGGAGUUGAUGCGGUUUGUUGCUUUUAAUGUGUUGGUGCUGGGGUUGGGGAAUAUUAUCUGGGUACCGCUGGCUAAUAUCUAUGGACGGCGGUUGAUUCUUAUUUUGUCGACUACUCUGUUGAGCGCGGCGACUACGUUUGGGGUGUUUCAAACUGGGUACAUGGCGACGCUGUUGAUUCGGAUCUUCCAGGGGCUGGGCAGUUCGGCUUCGGAGACGGUCACGCCGGCGAUUGUGGGCGAUUUGUUUUUUGUGCAUGAGCGCGGUGGGUGGAUGGCAUUCUACAGCGCCUCCCUAGCCACCGGUUCCGUCGUCGGCGGUAUCACAGGCGGGUACAUCGCCGCCGAGCUCGGCUGGACACGACAGUUCUACGUCGGCAUGGCCAUAUCCGGCAUUGCCUCUCUAGCCGUCAUGUUCCUCGUCCCUGAGACCAUGUUCGACCGGAGCCAGUUCAUGCUGCCCAUCGAGCUGCAGUUGCCGAGAGUCCGGGUCAGCGGCGGUCGCAACAGUGGACAUCGGCACAGCGGCGUGCGGGUAUGGUCGUCCGCACCUAGACAGAGUCUGAUGACGUUGCCGUCGAUCGCACAUUCCCGGUUUACCCGUCGGAUGACCAAUGGGUCGUUGUUGCCUGAAGAGAUGCAGACGUGGUAUGAGGAAGCGACGGAUGACGGGGAGGAGCAGGGGCAGAACGAGGAGGAGGACUUUGAGGAGGACGAGGAACUUAGGCGGGCAUCGACUAGGGUAGUUGCGGGCAGGGGAAUCGCAUCAACGGCGGCACCAUCCGCGUACCCCCCCUUCUCGUUCCUCCGCUCUCUCCGGCUGUCCCCCUACCGCGGCCACGUCUUCCAUCACUUUUGCAAGCCCUGGUCCGCCCUGCGUCUGCCCGCCACUUGGAUCAUCAUGCUCCAAUAUGGUGGUCUGGUGGGCAGCGUAGCAGUCAUCUCCACGGUCGGCCCACAAGUGCUUUCCCGCCCGCCUUAUCGCUGGGGCGAACACGCCGGCCUGCUGUUCGUCGGAGCGCUGGCGGGGAUUGUGCUGGGUGGGCUGUGGACGGGGCUGGUGGCGGACUGGAUGGUGAAGUGGCGGGCGAGGAGCCAGGAGAGCGGGUUUGCUGAGCCCGAGGCUCGGGUUGGGGUGGUGGUGCCUGCACUGGUAGUUGCUACCUGUGGGUUGUUGGUGUUUGGGGCGUGCGCGCAGUCUCCGGGGGAGAAUGCGCUGGGGUGGGUUGGGUUGGAAGUGGCCUUUGGGAUGGUUUCGUUCGCGUUGGCGCAGGUUCCGUCGAUUUGGUUCGGUUACCUCAUCGACGCGUACGACCAGUUAGCCAGCGAUUGCUUCGUCAUGAUUUGCGUCUUUCGCGGUGCCAUCCCGUUCGCAUGGACCCUUGUAGCCGCCCAGUGGAUCGAGAAAGCCGGCUACCUCGUUCCAUUCGGUGGCUUCGCCGGGAUUAUGGCUGUCUUCUCUAUGCUCAUAAUCCCGGUGGUCUGCGGCGGGAAGCGCAUGCGAAUUGCCACGGCACGGUUCGUUGUCGCGAACCAGUAA